GUAAAUUCCUCUACGUAAAAGCCCACGUUUCAGCCCAAUAAAGUUCAUAGCUUCUCACUCCCAGAUGUUGGAACACACAAAAUCUUCUUUUCGCGACGAAUCUUUCUGAAUUCCUAAACCGCUGCUGCUCUACUCCCACUCUUCUGAGAAUCAAAUGGCAUCACAAGGAUCAUUAGAGACGACAGAGGAAUUUCCAACUAGGAUCAAUUACCGUCCAAAUAGCAAGCCUCAGAUUGUAAUUGAACGCUACAUGCCUGAACUGGAAGCUUAUAUGCAAAGAGAUGCUGAACCAAUUGAUUUAAAUGUGAUGCGAGAUAUCAAUGAUCGAUUGACAACUAUGCUAGAAGAUGUGAGAUUGAUGAAGAAACGACUCACUCGUAUCAUGAUUUUGCAGUUGCUAUGUCUCUUCGUUGCAUUUUCAGGUCUUUUUCUGAAGUUGAUCCGAAAGUACUGCGUAUGGCUUGUUUGCCCUCAUCGUCGUGUAUGUUGUACACAAGUUCUUGCAAACAAGUUUUUGGCCUUUUCUUUGACAAGUGCAAACAAGUUUUUUUUCUUACUCCAUCAGGGUAGGGGUAAGUUCUGAGUCUGCGGAUACACUACCCUUUCCGCUUGUGGGAUUAUACUGGGUUGUUGUUGUAAACAAGUUUUUGGCCUUGUUCAUUGAAAAGAGAAGAUGGUAGUUUUUUA